UGUGCUGGGCCCGGGCCCGAGCCCGAGGGGUUUGUCCGGUUCCUCAUCUCUCGCGGGGUUUUGGUUCCCGCUCUUGCUGUUCAGUUCUGCCCCAGUUCGUGGUUGGCGUCUAUGCCUUGAGUAGGCAGGAUUUUUACAGGUGGUGGGGAAGGCUUGCAGUGCCGAGGGUGAAAGGCUUAAUGAAAACAUGACUCAGCAGAAAGAAUAGCUGGAGAGGGGUCUCCUUCUCCAAUGCUCAUUUAAAUUACAAAGGAAAGCAAUCCAAGCUUGCAGGUGUUCAGCAAAGGCAUUGCUCAGUUUUGGCUGGAGGUGACUUAAACGUGGAGAGCUUCUUCUUAGGGUCUUUUGAAAAUCUGCCAGGCUGGGUGCCAGUUAGCACUUCGAGCAUCGCUUUCAGAAGCUCAUGUUCCAUAUAAACAAGCACACAAUAUUCUAAUUACAGCAUAGUGCAGCAUUGGGGGAGGUCUCUGCUGGUAUGAAAAUCAAGAAUCAAAUACUAGUGAUUCUUGGUUGAACUGUGCUCUUGCCUUAAAAUUACAGGCUUGGUUUGAAGUGAUACAGAGUGGUUGUGAAGGAAGUGUUAGCUGGUUUAAAGCUAAGUAGCUGCAGUCUGGGCUUGUGUGCACUUACAAAUAGUGGUCAUACAGGUGUUAAUACAGAUGUUUUAUUAACAGAGAGAAGAGUAUCUGCAAAAUGGCAACUGCUCAGAAGCAAAGGGAUUGUGUGAGUGCAGUUGUAUUUCCUAGCAAAAUAUCUACUGAACAGCAAUCCCUGAUGCUAGUGAAGAGGCUCCUGGCAGUAGCAGUAUCCUGCAUUACAUAUCUGAGAGGAAUCUUUCCUGAAAGUGCCUACGGAACAAGAUACAUGGAUGAUCUCUCUGUCAAAAUUCUGAGGGAAGACAAGAACUGUCCUGGCUCUACUCAGCUGGUGAAAUGGAUGUUAGGAUGCUAUGAUGCCUUGCAGAAGAAAUAUCUGAGAAUGAUUGUCCUAGCUGUCUAUACCCAUCCAGAGGAUCCUCAGACAAUUACAGAAUGUUACCACUUCAAAUUCAAGUACACCCACAAUGGGCCACUCCUGGAUUUCAGCAGUAAGGAUAAAAGGAAUGAUUCCACAAUCACCUGUGCAGACACCAAGAAAGCAAGUAUCCUCCUCAUUCGCAAGAUUUAUGUGCUGAUGCAAAACCUCAGUCCAUUACCAAAUGAUGUUUGCCUGACUAUGAAGCUGUUUUAUUAUGAUGAAGUUACUCCGUCUGACUACCAACCUCCUGGUUUUAAGGAGGGCGAAUGUGAGGGGAUGAUAUUUGAGGGGGAGCCUCUGUAUCUGAAUGUGGGUGAAGUGCCAACACCUUUUCAUAUGCUGAAAGUGAAAGUUACAACUGAAAAACAACGAAUGGAAAAUGUUGAUAAAAGCAUCCUAAAGCAUGGACAGACAAAUAUGCCUCUCCAGGUGCUCCGAGUGGACAGAGAUGAUCCAGAAGAAGAGAACCAGGACGUGAAUGAAGAUCCUGUCUUGGAUAAUGAAGAUAGGAAUAAUGUAAAUAUUGCAGAAGCUCAAGGUAACAUUUAUGGGGUUUUUUUUUUUGAGUCUCUUCAGCUUGACACGCAGGAGAAGGAAACCAUCACCCCUGAGAGAGCAGAAGAGGCAAAACUGAAGGCCAAAUAUCCCAACCUAGGCCAGAAGCCUGGAGGUUCUGACUUCCUCAUGAAGAGACUGCAGAAAGGGGUAUUUAUCUUUCAGCCAUGGCUGAUCGAUGUCCUCUCCUCCCUCAACGGCACAGGCAGCCAAGCUCCAACCAGCCCAGAUGAAUCACAUCAACAUCCCCCAGGCCAAAAAGUCUGUUGA